UGUCACUCCAAAGGACAUUGAGAAUAUACGUACAUGCUUGGUACGCCGAAGCCAUUUGGAUAAAGAUGAUGCUGUUAGUUCAGCCAAAUUAUUGACCAGUCACCUCAAGGAUAAUGUUGUUUUUUUUCAGCCUUUUUCCCAUGAGAAGGAUCUCAUAAUUAUCCUUCAGACUCCCAACAUGAGAGAGAAUCUACACAGACAUGGAAAGAACAUUAUAUUUUUGGAUGCUACUCAUUGCGUCAACCAGUAUAAUUUUCCACUUUAUACCCUGGCUAUAAGAGAUGACUAUGGCCAUGGAGUUCCAGUCGCAUUUAUAGUAACAGGCAAUGAGAAAGAGGCAACACUAGAGAUAGCUUUACAGCAGUUAAGGAGAGUGUGUCCUGCUGCACCAAGGUGCUUUAUGGUGGACAAGGAUAUGUGUGAGAUGAAUGCCUUGCGGAAAGUCUUCCCAGAGUCAGAUAUCUUGCUUUGCUGGUAUCAUGUUAUGCAAGCUGUUGUCCGCUGGCUUUCGAAGACAGACUCUGGAGUCAGUGGGCCAUCAAAUACUGAUGUUAGAACAGAAAUCAUUUCUUUCGUCAGAAAGAUGAAGCUUUGUGCAACACAUCAAGAUUUUAAGUCAACUGCUGAACAGUUCCUCAAGAGGUUUGAAGAUUUCCCAGCUCUUUGCUCAUACUUCAAGGAUCACUGGCUAGAAAUAGGACACACAUGGUCUGACUUUGGACGGUGCUACAACCAUGCUGACUCCGAUACAAACAAUCUUGUUGAAAGAUUUUUCCAUCGCCUAAAAUAUCAGUUUUUGGGAGGCAUUAGGAACCGUAGACUGGAUGAUCUUAUCAGCAUUCUCAUCAAGAAGACAGAUGGAUACUUCCAGGUCAUUCACGAUUUGCAGGCAGCUGGAAGAAUGAAAAAUGCCUCUUUGAAGUCAGGAGAAAUACUUAAGUCUGCCUCUAGAUUGGUGGAAAAAGGUUGGCAAGAUAGCAUUAAUCUUAUAUCCAACGACACGUACCUUUAUGAAGUUCCAUCAGAACAAACCCCUGGUCUAUCCUACAAAGUUUGUCCAUCUGAAAGUUUUUGUAGCUGCCCAAUUGGAAUCAGAGGACAUCCCUGUAAACAUCUUGUAGUUACUGAGUUGCUGAGUAAACAUGACUCUCAAAAAUGUCCUGCUUUGGAUCAUCAAAUAAACGCACAUGCUAGCGUACUUAAGCAAAAGAAGCUUUACUCCAUUCUGUGCUCUGACACAAAAGAGGUAGAUGUACAAAGUUUAUGUCAUGAGAGAAUUUACCACACUUCUGCGAUGACAUUUCAAUGCACCUGUUGUACAUACUCUUACAUUGAGAAAUGUGCUUGCCUUCUACUGGCAAGUGAAUUAUUUGAUGUCAUAUCAACAAGAGCUGUACCUACUUUGUGGCAAGAAGACACGUCAAUGCAGUUAAAUGUGAACACUGCAGCAAACCACUCUAAAACUGAAGUGCAGAAGUUAAAGGAAAUACUGGAGAGUGUGCAGAAUUGGCAGACAAUUCCUCAGCACAUUAGCCAGCAAAUUCAAAACCUGCAUGACAGUGUAACAAAUGCCAGCAUGAGUAGAUCAACAGCCGCAUUUUCAGCAGUAACUACAGACCUGACAAGAAAGAUAAGACCAUUGUUUCCACACAGAGCAAAAAACAUGAAACGAAAGUAUGGACAGAAAUUCAAAAGACGACAAACUAAAUUAUAAAAGUGAAUGUAGAUAUGAAAAAAACAAACUAAGGCACUAAGACAAUGUAAAAUAUACAUUUAAAAUUAACUUGCUAAAUUUAAGUGUGCAUAUGAGAAAUGAAGUGAAGGA